GCUGCCCGAGCAUGGACGACCUAGACUGCGACUCCACCUGGGAGGAGGACGACGAGGACGAGGAUGGCGGGGAUGGCGAGGUCGUCAGCGCGGGGGACGUGGAGGACGAGGACGAGGACGCGGAGGAGCCGCGGGCGGCGCGGCCCAGCGCGCUCCAGUUCAGGAUGACAGGGAUCCGAAACUGGCGAGCUAUGCGGGACAUGCGCAGGUACCGGCACAACUACCCGGACCUGGUGGAACGAGACUACAAUGGUGAUAUGCCAAACCUGAGCUUCUACAGGAACGAGAUCCGCUUCCUGCCCAACGGCUGUUUCAUUGAGGACAUUCUUCAGAACUGGAGGGACAACUAUGACGUCCUGGAGGACAAUCACUCCUACAUCCAGUGGCUGUUUCCCCUGCGGGAGCCGGGAGUAAACUGGCAUGCCAAGCCCCUCACACUCCAGGAGGUCGAGGCGUUUAAGAGCUCCCAGGAGAUCCAGGAGCGCCUCAUCCGGGCCUACAAGCUCAUGCUGGGCUUCUAUGGCAUCCAGUUGGUGGACCAGGACACUGGCACCGUGUGCCGGGCACAGAACUACCAGGAGCGCUUUCAGAACCUAAACUGGCAUGGCCACAACAACCUGCGAAUCACACGCAUCCUCAAGUCGCUGGGUGAGCUGGGUCUGCAACACUACCAGGCACCACUGGCACGCUUCUUCCUGGAAGAGACGCUGGUGCGACGCGAGCUGCCGGGUGUGCGGCAGAGUGCCCUGGACUACUUUGUGUUUGCUGUGCGCUGCCGCCGCCAGCGCCGCCAACUGGUGCACUUCGCCUGGGAGCACUUCCGGCCCCGCUGCAAAUUUGUCUGGGGGCCCCACGACAAGCUGCAGAAGUUCCGGCCCAGCUCCCCACCCCAGCCCGACCCCGGGCAGGCAGAGGGGCUGCAGAACCCUGGGGAGCCCCCUCACGAGGCUAGCAGCCGGACCUGUGGGACAGGGUGGGACGAGGAUCCAGUGACCGAGGGCCCCCAGCUGCCAAGCGUGGAGUCGCAGGACACGGGAACCCUGGAGAGGAGCCCAGGAGAGGAGGCUGAGGGCCACAGGGAGGACGGGCUGGAGCCCAUGAGCCCCAAGGAGGGCAAGAAGAGGAAGCUGGAGCUGAGCCGGCGUGAGCUGGGCUCCCCAAGCGCUGCGGAGGUGGAGAAGAUUGUUCUGAACCUGGAGGGGUGUGGCCUUGGGGCAGGCACCCCAGAGGUGGGCAGCCAGGAUUCAGGCAAGGCUGAGCAGCCUGGCCUCCCAGCCCAGGGGAGCAGGGCAGCUGACGAGGCGAGGAAGAGGAGGCGGGUGGACCAGGCCACCAGGGACAGUGUGGUGGCAGCCAGUGAGGGCACCCAGAUGCCUGCCCCACCAAAGUGCCCUGAAGCUGGUAAGGGUGAGAGCAGGGUCCAGGAGGACAUGGAAGGCCAGGUGGGGCCUGAGCAGGGGGUCCCCGGGAGCCCCGUCCCUGCAGGACCUCCUGGGGAUGAGCGGGAGCCAGAGGUGGCAGGAUCGGGGCCCUCCGCCAAACCAGCGGAACCUUAAGGAGCAGCCAUGGGUUGCUCCCCCACAGUGCUGGCCCCACCCCGGAGGGAGUGCAGGCCCCUCAGGGAAGGCCAUGGCCUGCGGAAGCCUCCUCACUGGUCCUCCUCUACCCCCCCUUGCCCAGUCUUUUGUAAAUUGACCCUUAGGGGGCUGGGCUGGGCUGGGGGCUUGUUUUCUUAGUUUGGUGCCCAGCAAGGCCUUUUCUGAAUAAACUCACUUGACUUUGA